AGCAACUGUAGAGUUAGCGUAGCGGUUCUCCUUCAUUUUGCACAAAUUCCGCUUUCCACAUUGUUUUUUAUUUUUGUUAAUAUAUUUGAGGUGUUGAAUUUUAUUCCUAGUAUUGAAGAUGGCUGAUGUCGUAGUAGACGCUGAGAGCAAAAAUUCCAAAGAAUUAUACGGGCAAGGUGUCCGAGCCUUCAUUCUAAGGGACUUUUCGACGGCUGUUUCGGCUUUAGGUAAAGCUAGCGAACUUCUGGCAGCUGAACAUAAAGACGAUUUGCACGAGUCACUCGGUGAAGUAUAUUUAUACUACGGAAAAGCGCUCCUUGGAUUAUCGCGGGAAGAAUCUGAAGCUCUUGGUGACGCCGUUCCUAGAAAUGAUGAUUCGUCAGAAGAGGAUAAUGCUGAAGAAACCGAAGAGAACGAUGAGGAAGUUGAAAAUAGUACAGAACCACAAGAGAAUAACGAAAAUGAGGCUAAGGAAGCUGAGAAAUCCGAUGAUACUAAACAAACAGAUGCUGAAAAAGAAAAUGGCACAACUGUCGCAAACGGUUCCGGCGAGGGUACAUCUAAUGGAAUAACGAAAGAAGGUGGAGCAGAUGAAGAGGCUGCAGCGGAAACCGAGGACGAACCAACAGAUCUUCAAGUCGCUUGGGAGGUUCUUGAGCUGGCCAAGAAAAUCUUCCAAAAACAGGGUACCACCGCCAAAAAGAACCUUGCCGAAACCUUCAUAGUUUUAGGCGAAGUUUCAUUGGAAAGCGAAAAUUUCGAAUCUGCCGUCAAUGACAUUACUGAAGGUCUAAAAAUACAAAAAGAUAUAUUCGCAAAAGAUUCCAGAACGGUAGCAGAAACCUAUUACAAGUUAGGAGUAGCGUAUUCUACGAAUACCCAAAUAGACGAAGCUAUUACCAGUUUCAACAGUUCCUUAGAAUACCUUAACAACAGAAUUGUCCAUUUGGAAAGUGUCGAAGACAAAAAAGAUGAAGUCGAUGAAGAAAUUAAGGAGAUAAAGAGCCUCAUACCGGACAUACAGGAAAAAGUUACCGACAUGAAAACUUACAAAGAUGAGGCACUGAAAAAUAUAGUAUCGGCCAUGACAGAAGGAAUAAAAUCAGACAAACCAGCUCCGUCUACCAGUUCUUCAAAGCCUGCUACUGACAUUUCACAUCUGGUCAAGAGGAAAAGAAAAGCAGACGAGAUAGACGACAAAGACGCAUCACAAGAGACCAACCCGCCAAAAAAAGUCAAUCAAUAAACGUGUUACUGUGUUUUUUAUUUUUUACCUUCGAGCUCUUGCCACAUUUAUCAUAGACUAUUAAGAAAAAUUGCGAGAACAAAUAUAAGUACAAUAAAGUUAAACUAUAUUUAGGUUAUGUGUUGCAGACACAAUUUUUUCCUACAACCAUUUAACAUUUCAAAAGUGUGACUAUGUCUUAUUGUUCCAUAUUUUUGAAAUAGUACUGUAAGAAUUAUAUUUCCGUCCAGGCUUAAGACGUAAUUUUUUGUUCCCCUAUUUCUUUCUAUUUAUUUAAUUUCUUCAUUUGUCGUCCUAAAUUUAUUACGUGGUAUUUAUAUUGUGUUAUCUUCUUUAAUCUUCCAUAGAUUUAUUUUUGUAGUGCAUCUGUAAUCAAAUUUCAGUUUGAUAAAGACCUGUCAUUAAAAUCCGACAAUGGGCACGCGCUCUUAUGCGCAGCAAAAUUUCCCGAAAUUAUCUUAGUAGUAGAAGUAAACUAAGUUUUUUAGAAAUCAGGUUUGAAUUAUGGCGUUUUAGAAAAAAACAAAGCAUGUUUAGAAACUGUUUUUUUUUAUUUAAAGAGCACUUUAUUUGAAAUCUGUUUAAAAAUAUAUAACAAGGAAAUGGUUGGAUCGUAAUUUCGUAAGUGCUCAGUGAUUGUACUUUCUAAAUUACCAAUUUUAAAAAAAUUAAGUUUACAAUUUUUGGACGCAACACACUAAAAUCCAGCAUCUAAGUAGCUUGGCGUAUACCAAUUGAGUCUGUAAAUCGCAAUAGGUCUAAAAGUUAGACUGCGAGCCAGUUUCUUUGGAUGAGUAGUGAACCAACCUUUUCGAAACUAUUGGUUUAUUAGCAAAAAGCUUCAUUCCAUGUUUCAGUUUCAGUAAUUACUUAUAGGGAUGUAGUAAAUGAAGUUAUUUUCAAGGUAGUCUGCAACACUACUCAUAUAUACUCCAACAACAUUAAUUCAUAAUUACAUGUGUCAUUUAAUACAUUUUUAUAUUUUACAUACUACUUAAAAAUGGCUAACUGAAUCAUAGCUUAUCUUGUUACAAACAAAAAUAAAACAGGCAACAUCAACGAUUAAUUUGUUUAACACAUAGAUGAGAUAUGUUUAAUACUGUCAAGAUCUAAUGAUAAGUGGUGAGGGUUUUAACUUAAUAGACUGGACCAGAUCAAGAGUUUUAAUUAUAUUUUAAUAAACAAACUGGGUUUUUGGUCAUCAAUAUAUUGCUGUAGUUGUACCAUAAGCAUUAAUGUUGAGGUGUUUAUAAUUACUUAAUGGAAAUGUUUUUUAUUAAAUCGUAAACAAGUGAA